AUGGACGAGGAGCAGGAAAAGCGCGUCCCCGUGCCGGUGCCGCCAUUCCCCGUCCUGCCGCAGAGCGACGUUGAGCAGGUUGCUUCCCUGUUCGACCCGGCGACGUCCUCCUACCCCGGACUGGCGAAGAGCCUACAGCGGAAACUUCAGGAGAUCCAGGGCCGCGAGGAGGCGUGGGGUCUCAUCUCUGGUCUUGCCCGUCAUGACCUACGCGCGAAUGACACAGAAGCUGACAACAGGGACUCGCUUCCCGAGGCUCUGCGUCCGGCGCUCCUUAGCCUCCUCCUCGAAACGCUCGCCGAGGCGGUCAGCCCGACUCAGCGGCACACGUUCCAGCCCGGCAACGCCGUUGUGGUGCGCAAGCUCUUUGGAUGUCUCGCUUCGCUCCUUCUCCGUCUCCCGUUCCACCAGUUCCCGAAUCCGAUCCAGACCGUCCUCAACGUCAUCGGGCAGGCGCUCGCCCGAGCGACCGACCUGCCGCCCUCAGUCCCUGCCUCUGGGUAUGCUACACCCACGUCCUUCCCGGCCCGAGGCCAUUCGCUCGAGGAUGAGGCGCGCUUACGCUCUAGGAUGCGGCUUUGGGCUCUCGAGUGGAACGCGCUUCGCAAGUUUAUCGAGACAGAUGUGCCGGCCGUCAUGCAAACUAUCACCGACUCGAUGACUGGCGAGAACGGUGUGCUGUCACCAGCCGAGCGAGUCAAGGCGGCGGAGGCGGCGUGCAAGUGCGCGGACAGCUGGAUCAACUACGGUCUCGGGGCUGACGAGCUGACGGCACUGCUGCCCCACCUUUACAACCUCCUCCCGCUUCCGGCUGCGUCGACGACGCUCGUCGAGGUCUUAUCCGAGAGCAUCUUCCGGUUCGGCAAGGGCACUAAGAUCCUGACUGAGCCGCUGAUGGCUUGGGUCAUCGGGCCGAACGGACAGCAGCUCAUCGGGGCAGCAAACGAUGAAGAAGUCCUCGCGUUCACGAAGAUGCUGUGUGCGCUGGUUGAGCACUCGUCGGAAUGGCUCGUUGCGCGGCUGCAGCAGUCCGACGUACAGGCUUUCCUGGGCACGAUUCUGCGUAUCACGAACUGGGAGGGCUCGGGUGGCGUCGAGGAGUCCGUGUCCGAGCUGACACUGCCGAUCUACCCCUUGAUUCAGGAGGCGAUCAUGGACUCGGAAGUCUUCUCGGAGCCCCACGAGACGUCGCCGUCUUGGGCGGUUGCGAAGGACUUUUUCCGGCAGCUCGUCGACAUUACGCGCCGUAAGGUACGCUGGCCGGGAAAUGGUGAGGAACCCUCGGGACUCGGAGGUCUCGACAAAGAGGAUCGUGAGGCUUUCGACACUUGGCAACUGACGUUCAGGUACUAUGUUCUACGGGAGGAGAUGCUGUCCUCGCUGGUUCAGAUAGCGACUGAGCAAAUCGGCAACAAUGCGCCUUGGCAGGAUAUCGAGGCAACCCUCCACUGCAUCCGCUACUCGGGAGAGGCUGUGCCGCUUGGCGAGGAUAAGAGCCUGCCGAUCAUCUUCUCGAACGACGUGGUCAACCGGCUGCUGUCUCGCGGUGCCCAGGGCCUGGGUGAGGAGCGGUUACGACUCACCUUUGUCUGUACGAUCCGGGCGUACGAGGAGUGGUUCAAGUUCCACCCCGACUACCUCCUUCCCGUCCUCAGCUACCUCGUCCCAUCUCUCACCAGCUCGCACCUCGUCUCUCGCUCUGCCGCCGACUCGCUUAAGGCGCUGUGUGACAUCUGUCGGCAGAAGCUCGUGCCGCACAUCGGCGCGUUCUCGGAGCUGCACAGCAAGAUUGGAGACCUGGGGCCGGAGGAGCAGACCAAGGUGAUCGAGGGUAUCACGAGCGUGAUCCAGGCGCUCCAGCCGACCGAGGCUGUCGGACCAGUGCAGGGCAUUCUCGGACCGAUCGUCGACCGUCUCGGCUCCGCCGUUCAGAUCGUUCAGGCGAACCCCGCCGAAGCGGCCAACGCGCUUGUACCUGCCAUGAACGCGCUGACGGCGUGCUUCAAGGGCCUGUCGCCGAGCGAUGACGACAUGUUCGACUUGACCGAGGCCGACGAGACGGCACGUAACGAGGGCAUCGCUAUCGCCCGAUCACAGCCGGUCAUGAUCGAUCUUCGCCAGCGCACUGAGACCGCUAUCCAGGGUGUCGUGCAGGUGUGGAACGGCGACAGCGAGGUCGCGGACGCCAUCUCGAGUCUGCUGAAGCAGGCCACUCUAUCGACGACCGAUACGCUGGUGUCGCUGUCCCCGCUGCCUUUGCUCUCGCUUGUGUGCGCGGCGUGUGAGCGUCAGCCCUCUGCGCUGUGGAUGUCGCUCGCGUCGACGCUGACGCUGCGCAUGGGCAGCAACAACUCGCCGCUAGCGAAGCGGAAGGACAAGACGCCCGAGGAGCAGGCGGCGCAGGACGCUGAGGACGAGCGACGGUACAACGUUGUCGCAGACGCCGCGCAGCGGUUAGCGGUGUGCGCCUCAUCCCUGCUGGGACGGGAAGGCGGGCUGCGGGAUAACCCCGACGUCGUCGAGGCGUGGUUCAAGUUCUGCUCUGCCGUCGCUUCGCGAUUCCCUGGUGUCCUGCUGCGGUUGGACGAGCAGGUCAUCGACGCGUUCAUGUCGCUGGGCAUCCUCGGCCUCGGCGCGCAGGAGCGGUUCAGUCUGAAGACCGCUGCGGAGUUCUUCAUCGCGCUCCUCGCGAAUACGCGCUACCCGUCGCCGUUGGAGGAGCCCACCGAGCGUCUCCUGAACGUGUACGGUGCGCGCAUCCUGCGUGCCCUCCUGCUCAGCGCCGGAUCCGAGGGUCCGCGCAGUGUCAUUCCAAACCUGGCAGAGCUGCUCGCGUCGCUCGUCACGCGUGUGCCCGGACCGGAGAUGAGCUCGUGGCUGGAUGGUAUCCUUGCCGAGCCCAACUUCCCUGACGCGCGGUCGACGCCUGAGUCCAAGGCCCGGCUCAAGGGCACUGUGCUCCGCUCCCGCACGACGAAGAAGAUGCGCGAGGCGCUGCACGAGUUUGCGCUCGUCGCGCGCGGCCUCGCGAACACGACGUACGGCAACGCGACGGCCGUCGCGCUCGACCGUUAG